AAUAUCAAUAAUACAACAAUGGCCACUAAGAAUGACACCGGCGACACACAAAAUACAGCCGAGUGCACCGUGGAGGAGGUGGCGUUGGUGGUGCCGGAAUCCGACGACACGUCCCUACCGGUGAUGACGUUUCGAGCAUGGACACUGGGUGUAGGGUCAUGCAUAGUUCUAAUAUUCCUAAACACCUUCUUCAUAUACCGAACUCAACCGUUAGCAAUAUCAGCAAUUCUGAUGCAAAUUGCGGUUUUACCGAUCGGAAAGUUCAUGGCGGCAACGUUGCCAACGAAAGAGUAUAAGUUGUUGGGGCGGAGUUUUAGUCUGAACCCAGGUCCGUUUAACAUGAAAGAGCAUGUGAUCAUCACUGUUUUCGCCAAUUGUGGUGUGUCUCAGGGUGGCGGUGAUGCGUAUUCGAUCGGAGCGAUUACGGUCAUGAAAGCUUAUUAUAGACAGAGCUUGAGCUUUCUUUGUGGGUUGAUUAUUGUUCUAACCACUCAGAUAUUGGGAUAUGGAUGGGCGGGGAUGUUGAGAAGGUAUCUGGUUGAUCCGGUGGAGAUGUGGUGGCCGUCAAACCUUGCUCAGGUUUCUCUGUUUAGAGCAUUGCAUGAAAAGGAAUCAAAAGCACAAGGCAUGACAAGGAUGCGGUUUUUCAUGAUCUUCUUAGUUUUAAGCUUUGCAUAUUAUGCACUUCCCGGGUAUAUUUUUCCCAUCUUGACCUUCUUCUCAUGGGUCUGCUGGGUCUGGCCACACAACAUAACCGCACAACAAAUUGGCUCGGGUUACAACGGUCUGGGCGUAGGAGCCUUCACGCUUGAUUGGGCCGGCAUUUCAGCUUACCAUGGUAGUCCCUUAGUCACACCCUGGUCCUCCAUCGUCAAUGUUGGUGUCGGCUUUAUUAUGUUUAUCUACAUCAUUGUCCCCAUUUGUUACUGGAAGUACGACACCUUCGAUGCACGCAAAUUCCCGAUUUUCUCCAAGAAGUUGUUCACUAGGACUGGGCACGAGUAUGACACCACUCGAAUCUUGACCCCACAGUUCGACCUAAACGUUGCUGCUUACGAGAAUUACAGCAAACUGUAUCUGAGCCCGUUGUUUGCCCUUUCGAUAGGAUCAGGAUUCGCAAGAUUCACCGCUACACUCACGCAUGUUGCCUUGUUUCAUGGCGGGGAUAUAUGGAAGCAGAGUAAAUCUGCGGUCCAAAACGUGAAACUCGACAUUCAUGCCAAAUUGAUGAAGAAUUACAAACAAGUACCACAAUGGUGGUAUCUGGUAUUACUGAUCGGAAGCAUCGUGUUAUCGCUGAUCAUGUGUUUCGUCUACAAGGAAGAUGUGCAGCUUCCAUGGUGGGGUUUUCUGUUUGCUUUCGCUCUGGCGUUCAUCGUCACUCUUCCCAUUGGGGUCAUUCAAGCUACUACCAACCAGCAACCUGGAUAUGAUAUCAUAGCACAGUUCAUAUUCGGGUAUAUUUUGCCGGGAAAACCAAUUGCGAACUUGCUUUUCAAGAUUUAUGGAAGAAUUAGUACAGUUCAUGCUCUUUCUUUCUUAUCUGAUCUGAAGCUAGGGCACUACAUGAAGAUCCCACCUAAAUGCAUGUUCACAGCACAGCUGGUGGGAACUCUUGUUGCUGGGACGGUAAAUCUUGCGGUAUCUUGGUGGAUGUUGGAGAAUAUCGAAAACUUAUGCGACAUUGAAGGACUUCAUCCCGAUAGCCCAUGGACAUGCCCCAAGUUCAAGGUUACAUUUGACGCUUCAGUUAUAUGGGGACUUAUUGGGCCCGAAAGACUAUUCGGGCCCCACGGUUUGUACAGAAACCUUGUAUGGUUGUUCCUAAUCGGCGCGUUUUUGCCCGUACCCGUGUGGAUAAUGAGCAAGAUUUUCCCAGAAAAGAAAUGGAUCCCAUUGAUCAACAUACCUGUUAUAUCUUACGGUUUCGCAGGAAUGCCGCCUGCAACCCCAACAAACAUAGCCAGUUGGCUGAUCACUGGAAUGAUCUUUAACUAUUUUGUAUUCAAGUACCGAAAACAAUGGUGGCAGAAGUACAAUUAUGUCUUGUCGGCUGCGCUUGAUGCAGGGACCGCGUUCAUGGGGGUGUUGUUGUUCUUUGCUCUACAAAACGAGGGUGUUGAUUUGAAGUGGUGGGGGGCGAAGCUGGAUCACUGUCCUUUGGCGACUUGCCCAACCGCGCCCGGAAUUAAUGUCACCGGGUGCCCGGUUUUCUAGUUGUAGUGAUACGAAAUCAAAUAAGGGGAACAAACAUGUUAAAACACCAAGUUUGGGGUAAUUAUUUGAUGUAAAUUGUUUAAGUAGACUUUGAAAUGUUUAUAUUUGUGUUACUAUUUGGAGUUUUAAGCAAGGUUGUACGAAAGGUUUUUUUUUUAUUAUUAUUUUGUAUUAGGAGUUGUUUUGUAACAUGCUUAGGUUGUAUUUUAGAAUAUUCGGGUUUGUUGAUAUUUAGGAAAGUCCUACUUUAUUGAGGUUCUUUUAUG